AUGACACGACCAGCUGAACUUGCGCUUUUCCUUGCGUUUGCAGUGCUUCCCUUGGUACUUUGGGUAGCAGCUCGAGGCCAGCAGCCUCCUCCAUCCUGUCGCUGUUUCCCCGAUGACCCCUGCUGGCCCUUGCCGGAUGAAUGGCAGGCCUUUAACCAAUCUAUCGCCGGCAGCCUGAUUGCUAUCAAUCCGAUCGGCAGUGUUUGUCACAAUAAUGGCCCGUUUGCCUCCUACAGCAGUCAAGCAUGCACCGAUCUGCUUGCCCGCUGGCCCAUUCCGGCCACGCACUCCCAAACUCCAUUCUCUCCGAUGGCUGCAUGGUGGACCAACAGCUCCUGCUCUCCGUUUACCUCCAAGGAAAACCCCUGCACCGUGGGGCCCCUGGCUCGUUACGCCGCCAAUGUAACAUCGGCCGACCAGUUACGCAGCGUCCUCGACUUCACGCACCGGCGCAAUAUCCGCCUGGUCAUCCGGAACACCGGCCAUGACUAUGUUGGGAAAUCCACCGGCCUCGGCGCCGUAGUUCUUUGGACGCAUCAUCUGAAGUCCAUCAACUACAUACCCGGGUACGUCUCGUCUGACCAUACCGGCCCCGCCAUGCGCAUUGGCGCCGGCGUGCAGGGCUUCGAGGCUCAGAAUGCGGCCCACCAACUAGGCUUCACGAUUGUGACCGGUCACUGCCCGGACGUGGGCAUCGCUGGUGGCUACACCCAGGGCGGGGGCCACGGGCCCUUAGCAUCGCGCUACGGACUGGCUGCUGACCAAGUCUUGGAGUGGGAGGUGGUCACCGCGACCGGGGAGAUCCUGACGGCAUCGCCCGUGCAGCAUGCAGACCUUUACUGGGCGUUGAGUGGCGGCGGCGGAGGCACGUACGCCAUCGUCCUAUCGAUGACCGUCCGAGUAUAUCCGGAGGAGCCAACUGCUGCAGCCAUGCUGUCCUUUACCUCCUCUCCUACGGACGAACGCUUCUGGGCCGUGAUUCGCACCUACCUCGUUGAUACGCUGCCCCUGUUGGACGCUGGCGGCACAGCACUCUGGCUUGUUUUCCCGCCGUCUCUCACGGGGGGCUCGGUUAUGUUCAAUGCUGGGCCGGUGACUCUCCCUGGGGCUGGAAAAGAGGAGCUUCACGCCUACCUCGCCUCGACGUUGCGCGUGCUCCAGAAACACGACUUGGCCUAUGAUUACUCGGUGAAAGCCUUCCCAACAUACCAUGCUUCGGUGGCAGAGACCGCAGCCAAUAUAACCGAAAUGAAUGUCGGCGGUCGCCUGAUCCCUCGUUCAACCCUCGAGCUCAACCCCGAUGGUUUGAUUUCCGCCAUUCAGCGCAUUCUUGACUAUGGGGCUGCUUUCUCCGGCUUCUCCAUGAACGUCCAGCAUGCCCACAACAGGCUAUCCGCCAAUCACGCCGCCAAUCCCGCCUGGCAGAAGGCUGCGAUUUCUGCGGUGCUUGGGAUCCCGAUCAAUUAUACGAACCGCCAAGUCAAUCUAGAUAGCCAAAAGCUCAUGACCAAGACGCUGAUCCCCUUUCUGGAGGCCCUGACUCCCCCGGGCGAGAUCAGCGGCGUGUACCUCAACGAACCGGACUUUAACCAACCAGAUUGGCAAUCGGCCUUCUACGGCGCCAACUACGGACGCCUCCGGGAGAUCAAAGAUAAGUAUGACCCGGGCCAGAUCUUGUACGCACGUACUGCAGUGGGCAGUGAGCAGUAG